UGGUACAGGGAAGGAGUAUGUGGCGGGGGGCAUUACAAAAUGACAGCUCUUCUUAUGGAUAGUGAUGGCAAUGUAAUGCAGCGUUACAAUUUACCAGAAACUGGUAGAAUAUACCGUGACAAAAAAUGGGAACAAGUAGGGACCACAUUUAAAGACUAUGGACCGGGAGCCAGAAUUGUCUCCAUAGAAAGUUCAGGAAAGGACGAUAAGUAUUGGGGAGGCCAUUAUGGAGUCAUUAUUUCUAGCUCAGUCAUCCGGGUCAAGAGAGAGGCCAAACCAGCCCAGGGGGACAAGUUUGAGGAUAUUGAACUGGAUUCAGAAGAUACUUCAAAAUUGACCAAUGUUGUGGAUAGUCUGGUAGGGAAGGUGUUAAAAGACAACAAGGAAUUACUGGAGCAAUAUCUAGAGGAGGAAGUUGUACCUAAAUUUGAAGAAAAGUUUGAAAAACAAGUGGAAUUGAGUCCAGCCUCAGCUCUUCAAGUUCACAAGCCAAAGGCCAAGCGGAAGAAGAGGGAAAUCAGGGUCUUUGUGUCCAGCACCUUCAAAGACUUUUCUCAGGAAAGAGAGGAAAUAAUCAAGAAAAGUUUCAGAGAGAUUAAUAGGAUUUGUGCAGAGAGGGGCGUAUUCUUUACCUACGUGGACCUGAGAUGGGGGAUAUCCUCAGAACAGUCAUCAGAUGGAAAAACUAUCGCGAUCUGUUUGAAAGAGAUUGAGCGGUGCCGUCCGUACUUCCUGUGUCUGAUGGGGGAGAGGUUUGGUUGGAGUCAGAAGAGCGAUUCAAAUGACGAGCUGCUCUCCAAGACGUAUGAUUACGCGGUGGAGAAUUAUCCGUCCCUGAAGUGGAUAAAUGAGCACCGGUAUAACACAAGCGUAACUCAGCUGGAGGUCCUUCAUGGAGUUUUAAAUGACAUAGAGAUGAACACAAAGAGGAGCUUCUUCUACCUCCGAGAACCAGUUAAAAUGGGGAAUAUGGACGAGAACGAAUUCAAGAAAUUCAAAUCGGAAUCAGAGUGGCAUAAUGAGAGACAGAUGUCCCUGAGAAACAUGGUGGAACAGCUGGGAGAAAAGGCCAACAUCCGAUCGUUCUCAAAACCGACACAAGUCUCCCAGAUGAUCAAAGAGGAUUUACAAAAAUGCAUUGAUGAGGAUUUUCCCAUUGGAUCAGAGCUAACUCCUCUUGAACGUGAAAGAGAGGCUCACCAGGCCUUUGCUGAUGUGAGAUGUCAGGUUUACAUAGGGAGGGAGGAGUACUUCACCGAGAUUGACAGCAAUAUGGAGAAAGGAAUCAAUCAGCCCAUGGUUCUACUGGGAGAAUCUGGCUGUGGAAAAUCUGCUUUGGUUGCCAACUGGGUGAAAAGAACUCAGAAUAAAUACCCCGAAGCCUUCAUCUUUGUUCACUUUAUUGGAAGUUCUGCUGAAAGUUCCAGUUACUUAAAAUUACUAAGAAGAUUGUAUGAGGAAAUGAAGAUUUUCUUCCACCUUGACCUUGACAUUCCUAACUCGGACAUGACCUUGGUGAGAGAGCUGGGUAAAUGGCUGAAGAUCUGUAGUACCAGACAGAAGUGUGUCAUUGUCCUGGACGCCCUAAAUCAGCUGGAUGAUGGAUCCAAAGAGGACGGAGUGGAGCACAAUUUGUUAUGGAUACCUGGAAAUCUGCCAAAGAAUGUUUUCAUUUUGUUGUCAACUUUACCUGGAAGGGCAAAGGACGCUGUGUUAAAUUUUGGAUGGCCGACAAUGAAGGUGUCCCCACUGGAGAAUUCCCAGAAGAUGGAGAUAAUCACGGGGUACCUGGAGGGAAUUUAUGGUAAAACACUCAGUCAGGAGCAGAAAGAGAUGAUAGUGGACGCUCCACAGACAAAUAAUCCGCUGUAUCUACGAUCUCUGUUAGACGAGGUGCGUAUGUAUGGUAACUUCCGUAUGUUGACACAAAAGAUCCAGGACUACCUUCAGGCAGACAGUCCUGGUGUACUGUUCACAAAAAUUCUGGAGCGUCUAGAGUCUGAUUUUAAUUUGGAUGAUACAUCAUCAUCUGGAGUUGGAAUUGUGUUGAAGAGAAAACAAAGAACAAACAUGAUUCGUGAAACCACUACGGCUAUUUGGUGUUCUAACAGAGGCAUGUCUGAAAAUGAGUUGGUGGAACUGCUUGAGGUCCCUAUGGCAGUGUGGUCCCCAUUCUACAUGUCUCUAUCUGACAGCCUCGUCAACAAGGACGGAAUCCUCAAUUUCUUCCACGACCAUCUCCGCCAGGCCGUGGAGAGAAAGUACCUCAGUACCCCAGAGGAGAAGAAAGCCACUUAUCUAAAGCUAGCUAAUUAUUUCUCUACCAAGGAACUUACAGACAGGGUGGUAGAUGAGCUCCCCUUCCUUCUGGCCAAGGCUGGUGAGCUAGACAGGCUCAAGGAGACCAUCAGCAACUUUGAUGUUUUCCAGAGACUGAUUAAGGAUGAAGAUAGGACAUUUGAGCUCAUCAAAUCCUGGCAACUCCUAGGAGAUUACACAUUAGUGGAGGAGGAAUACUUUAAGAAGCUGUCUGAGAUCCCAGAAUCGGAGCGAGGGACAGAGAACUACUCCGCCCUUCUGGAUGACCUGGGGGGAUUCUUUGUGGAUCUUGGACUGUACAAGGCAGCCAGGAAGGUUUAUGAGAUGCUAGUUACUGUGAUAGAAGCCCGAUACAAGGCUGACUACACAACAGUGGUGUACAGUGCCUUCGCACAGAAGUGGAAGUAUCGAACCAGACACCCAGAAGUACUCAACGCAUUGCAGAAGCUUGGGUUGAUCUGUGAGAAGUUGAUGGAGCUAGAUGCCAGUCGAUAUUAUUAUGAAGAUGCCAUCACCAGACAAAACAAGGCAGUAACUCCCACACAAAAACUACAGUUGUGUGAAGGUCUUCUUGGAUUGGCAGCUGUAAUGAACCUUAAGAAUGACAUGCCCCAGUCUAAGAAACUUUUGAUACGAGCCCUGGAGCUGGCUACUGAGGUGUUAGGAAGACAGCAUCACUUUGUGGCAGCCAUUCUGAACAAGUUGGGAGUGUUGGGUUACACCCAGAGUCGUGUGGACGAGGCCCUGGCUUACUAUCUCCAGGACCUGAAGCUGACCCGGAGCGAGGUGGGCGUGAACCACCCCAGGGUGGCCCGUAUCCUGGGCUCCAUAGGAAUGGUGUACGAUGACAAGAACGACAAACUGGCCGGGGAGCUGUACGAGAGCAGUCUGGCCAUGUUGUUAGAUACAUACGGGUCUGCCCAUGUUGACGUGGCUACUGUAAGAUAUAACCUUGGGACCUUCUACUUUGCCACGAACUACUACGCCAAGGCCAAGUUCCAGUUCAAGGAAGCCUACAACAUUUACCAGGCCUUCUUAUCCGAGGAUCAUCCAGACACCAAAGCAGCAAAGCAGGCCCUGGAGGCAGUGCCUUGAUUAUCCAGAAACCAUGCAGCAAAGGAGGCCCUGGAGGCAGUGCCUUGAGAGUGAUUUGAAAACACUUGCCUUACACCAAUCAUGGGGAAAGUGCCUUGAAGCACAUUACUCAACCAAAGGCUAUCCUUGCUGUUAUACAUAUCUAAACCCUAUCCAUGUGACAAAUGUCUAAACCUCUUUUGUUGUUGUUUGUUGUUUUUGCUCAACCAUAAACACGCAAAAUUAGUAGAUACAUAUAUGUACAUGUUAAAAGACAAUUUCAUUCAAUCUGCAUAACAUUUAUGUAGCCGAGACUCAUAAUUCUUAGAAUAUAAAGAUGAAUUUUUGAUAUUCAUGUUUUAAAAUCAUAUACAAAGAUGACUGUUACAUUUCACUUUCUUCACUGUGACUGUUUUUAAGACUAACAAUUUCUUAACUUUUCUGUCUUUAUACAUGUAUUAUAUACAUGUACAUAUUAGUUGAUUCAAGUACACUCUUGGUUUAUACACAGGGUGAUUCAAACUGUUCUCAUAAUUAUAUAUGAACCUAAAAUGGUCAAUAUUUAAAUAUAAAGGUAAACUAUAAGCUUAUCCACCUGUCAGUCAAUGAGAAAGGAAACAAAUGUAAUUUUAUUCUAUGUAUUGAAGAGGACUUAAUGUACAUGCUAGCUUUGUUAGGCCACCACAAGUUAUUUCAUGUCAAUAUUAAUGCAUGAUGGUUUCAAACAUGGUUUUAAAGAUAAGACAAUAACAAUGAGAUUUCUGAAAUAUAUUUUUCUGAAAGAAUGGAAGUUAAGAUGGAUUUAAUUUGACAUGUUUGAUUUGUCAUUUAAAUUUGAAUCUUCAGUGUCAAAUCGCAAGAAUAAUGAUUCGAAAAUGGAAGUUGAUCAAGAGAUUUUACAAAGAUUUCAGCACCAUUAAAAUAAAGGCGAGUAAUUUUAUUUUGAGUGUGGUGCCUCUCGCGAAAUUACUUGAUAAUUAAUCCAUGCGUAUAUUUAGAA